UAUUCUUAUUUUUCCAAAGCUCAGAAACGCGCUGCCGCUCGCCCGUGUCACGGUUUCGGUGCCGGUAUGCAUUCGCAGGGAUGCCCGGGAACCAUGGGAAUACCACUACCCAACUGCGUUUGGGAACCAAUAUGUUGAACACACUCUACUUGUCCGACUGAAGGACCGAACCUGAGCGGCGAAAGACAAAUGGUAAAAAGUUAAUAAUAAUAGACUUUCCUGUGAAAGCACAGCGACUCCUGACCCCCACUCAUUCAGCCAGCAUCUUCCGAGUCGGAUGGCUCUGAACGACAAGAUGCAGUAAUGGAAGUCCACGCAGCAUUCAGCACUGUAGCCAUGAAGCAGCUGAAAGGGUAGGGUCUGCCGUGAGCUCGCCUCACCCUACCCGACCACCCACCCACCCACCACCCUACGUCGACGCAUAACCCUGCAGCUCUACCCUUCUCCGCAACCCUCCCACCACCUCCUCCACCACGGCUUUGGAAGACGAACAUGACGUGCAUUGCGAAGACGCUGGUUGAUGUCUGAUAGAUAUACCUCUGAGGUGUCGAGCGUAAAACCAGUGGAGCAAUGAAUGGCGGAAAGGACUGUGAGGCGGGAGAUGAGAGGCAGGCCGUCCCUGUCCAGGUCCCCAUUGGCUGGCAGCGCAAGGCGGAGCAUGGCGGUGGGGUCGUAUAUAUAAGUCCCAGUGGCUCGCUGCUGUCCAGCUUGGAGCAGGUGAAGACCUACCUGCUGACAGAUGGAACCUGCAAAUGCGGCCUGGAGUGCCCACUCAUCCUCCACAAGGUGUUCAACUUCGACCCAGGGGCAGCUGUCAAGCAGAGGACAGCGGAGGAUGUGAAAGCAGAUGAAGACGUCACCAAGCUCUGCAUUCACAAGAGGAAGCUUCUGGCUGUGGCCACGCUGCACAAGAGCAUGGAGACGCACCCACCUCUGACGCUGACCAGUCCAGGGGGAGGUACGUCGUCUGUGGUCGCUGCGCAUUCCACGUCUCAACGAGCAAUAAGGACUAAACCCCACGAUGGCCUGCCCAACGCUGUCGGCCCAGACUGCAAGAAUCCUUUCAAGAUGAUGAUAGCAGCUGGACAGCAGCAGCAGAGGCUGUAUCCACCCCAGGAGAUGGGUGGAGGCCAGCAGCCCGAGCUCUACUCUGGGUACCCCAGGCCGCAGAGGCUGGGCAGUGGGGAGCCAGGCCCCAAAUCCCCUUACCGGGUUGGGUACGGAGGCAUGCUGAGCCCACCUCCCUCCAGUGCUAAGCUGUACGGAGAUGGCUCACAGUCUCCCAGCGCGGACACUCUGGGCAGCCCUGAUGGCUUUCCAAGGACCAAUCCUUGUGGGUUUCCAGGAAGUCCAGGCUCGGCCUCCAUCCACGGGAACACCAGGACGCCUCUUUCCCCACCCAGUGUAAUGCUCCAUGGCUCCCCUGCGGGCCAGCCAUCCUGCGCCAUGACAGGGAGGACUAGCACGCCCCUCUCCCCCACGGCCACUGCCAAAAGCCCUGUCAUGAACAUGAACAUGCCUCGGGGGAACUUCCCCCCUGGUAUCGAUAUGCCCCGUGCAGCGUUUCACCAUAAAACACAGCCCCCUGUGCAUCCUGUACCGCCUCCUCCAUCCAUACCACCAUCCUGUGCCCUUCAGAAAAGGCAGUUGACCUCCGAAAAAGACCCAUUAGGCAUCCUGGACCCCAUCCUCAGCAAGCCAGUCAGCCAGCCCCCCACCAACGCCCCCAACCCCUCCAACUUCCAGCCUAACAUCCACUCUCAGGUACAAAUGAUGAAUGUAAACAUACCCCCUCCCGCCAUCGUUCCCUUGCCAAGCAACUUACCUUUACCCACAGUGAAGCCUGGGCCUGUGGGGCAUGGCGGCCAUGUUCAAAGGACUCAACAGGGUGGUCCGGCUUCCUCCAUGUCCCCCUCCCCUGUCACUUCCCCUGUCCACAUGGCGGGGCCUGCCCUCGGGAGAAUGGAGGCCUCCCCUCAUCGCUCACGCUCAUCCUCCACUUCCUCUGACCACGGGAACUUUGCAAUGCCCUCGGGGCACCAGGCCCCAUGUGGCAACAUGAAGGUCCCCCCUCGUUCCCCCAGGUCUGCCAUGGGAUCCCCCAGACCAGCCAUGCCCUCCAGUCCCUCCACCAACAAAACUGACCCACACCACCAGUACAAAGACUCACAGCUGCUGCCCGGGAUGGGAAACUCGAUGGGCACCCAGCAGCACAGCAACCCCAUGUACUCACCCACCUCUUCCUCGUCGUCGUCCUCUUCUAUGGCAACCCCCAGCGCUUCCCAGAAGGGCCACCCAGGACUCCUGGGGAUGCCCCUCAACCAGAUCCUCAACCAACAGAAUGCCGCUUCCUUCCCCGCCAGCAGUCUCUUGUCAGCCGCAGCCAAAGCACAGCUAGCAAAUCAAAACAAACUCAGCGCUGCUGGCAACAGCCCUGCUGGCAUGGCUGGAGGUGGUGGUGGUGGAAUGGCAGGCAUGGGGGCAGGUGGCGGAGGUAAUGGAGGAGGUGGCGGACACCCUGGCUCUAUGAGCGGCCCUCGAGGCAUGGAGGGACACAGCACUUUAAACUCAAUGCUCCCGCCAAACUCCACCAUGCUGCUCAACACUCCUGAGGGCCAGAGCGGUCGGGCGGCUCUUAGAGACAAGCUCAUGGCCCAGCAGAGAGACCCCAUGCGCAAACGGAAGCAGUCGUCAGGCAGCGCUCCUGCAAACCACGACAGCAGUAACAACAUGGUCUACAACAUGCUCAACAAACGAGGCAUGGGAGGACCACACAUGGCAGGGCCCAGUGCCACGGAGCAGCUGCGGAAAGUGGGCCGACUCGGAAACCUUCCGCCAAACACCUCCAUGGCCCAGCUCCUCCAGUCCAUGAGCUGCCAGAGCUCCCACAACAUGGCUGGGAACAGCCAUCGUCCAGGUCUUAGCCCCGGCCCGGGGCCUCAAGGAUCUGCACAGCUGCACUACAACGACAGCACAGGUAUGGUCCCCAGUGGGCCUCAGCAGAACCUCCUAGCUCAGCAGAGGCUGCGGGGUCCAGGAGACGGCAUGCAGCACUGCCAGAACAUGGACACGUCUGGGGGCCAUCUGGGCUCUCGUCCGGGCCAGUUCCCCGACAUGAUAGCCCAGAUGCAGGCCUCCUCCAUGAGUAACUGUGGGCCUAUGGGGCCAGGUGGCGGACCGGUGGGGCCUGACGGCAUGCCGCUGGGACGCCCCAACACUAACCCCCCGCCGCUGUCACAUCCUGGCCCUCACCCAUCACAGCAGAACCUCCUCCACGGUAUGGGACGGACUACCAUGGUGGUGAUGUCACAUGGAGGCGGUGAUGUAAGCUGUACACAGACCAUCUCUGACACAGGAAACCCGUCAUCCCUCGGCUGUGGUAUGGGCGGCCUGCAGCCACACGUCAACGCCGGCGGAGGUCCGAUGUACCAGCAGCAGGUCCACCAGGGCAUGCAGCAAGGCGUGGCCUCCCACCCAGCCUACCAGGGGCAGCAGCACUUCUCUGACAACCCACCGUACACAGACAGCAACAACGCCACCGCUGGCUCCAUGGCCUGCCUCUACCAGAACUACCAGCCGGGGAUGUUGUCGCACCCACAGUUCAGGGAGGGGCAGCAGCCCCAGAGCGAGGGUGACAGGGGGCCCGGUGGAGGCCCAGAGUCGGUGGACGCCAUCUACAGAGCCGUGGUGGACGCCGCCAGCAAGGGCAUGCACGUUACUAUUACCACCACAGUGAGCGGGACCACACAGGCGAGUCCCGUGCCUGCCCUCAGCGCCAUGAGUGCCUUCACUGCCUCGAUAGGGGAGCCUGUCAACCUCCCCCAAGCAGUUAGCACAGUCCUGCACGGGCACCAGGAAGGGGAGGCGUUACCCCAGCCAGCCAGACAGAGGCAGGUGAGGCCGGGUCGGGGUCAGAAGAACAUGGAUCCAGGGAAAAGCACUCCAGACGGCCCCGAGGCCAACGACUACUUCCGUUCUCCUGGCCGCGGCACUCCCAGGGGACAGUGGGACGGGGAGACGCAGCACGGGGGAGGCUUCGACGCUCACAGUAACAACAGCGCCUGGGGCGGCGAGGAGUUCCUGGAGUGCUCUACCCAGGUGAGGAGUAGUCCCUGCAUGGAGCGACCCGCCAGCUUGGCCCCCGCCCCGCCCUGCCCCACUGAGGGGUCCAACGACCACGGCCUGGUCAUGGCUCACGAUAAAGCCUUUCUCGAUGACGGCUAUCGCUUCAACAACUGCAACCGGACACCUGCUAACUACAAGGAGCGCCUGGAGCAGACGGUGGAACGCUGCGUCCACAUCAACGGCGCCACCCCCCACUUCAACACCCGGGGUUACGGAGACGUCCUGGGCCCCCCUCGGCAGGAGCUGACGGGGGACGACCAGUCUCCCAGCUCCUCCACGAGCCUGGAGGGCCCUCUGGCCACAGCCAAAGACUACAGCCACUACAACGGCCACUUCAACGGUAUGGCGCCCAGCCCCUCGGACACAAAGAGCCUGAGCAGCGAGGAGGACCUGCGGCAGCCGGACUCUCCCUCCUCAGAGCUGCUUCACUACCGGUCCAGGACCUUCAACAUGGGAGAGCUGGUCUGGGGCCAGCUGAAGGGCUUCCCACCUUGGCCUGCCAAGCUGGCCGGGGACGAACAAGUGCACAGCGCUGCUAUGCAGCUGCGGGAGCAGGCCAAGGUCGAGCCAGAGAAGCUAAAAACACUAACUCACGACUUGGAGGCACUCGCCGCCAAAAGAGGCCUGAAACAGGGGAAACUGAAUAAUCACUUGGAAGCUGCUAUCCACGAGGCCAUGAGUGAGCUGGAUAAGAUGUCGGGCACAAUCCCAUCGAGGGAUCGUCAGGUGAAGCUCCCCAAGCCUAAGAGGAGGAAGAUAUCCAGAUAACAUUGAAUGUGUCGGCCCAAGAACGUCCUCAAAGCCUUCGGAGACUUCGUCCGUUCCGCCUUGAUGCGAUCUGAGCUCUCUCACAGGUGCUACACAUGGACUUUCAGUGGUACAUCCUUGUUCCAUGAUCUCAACUUGACUUAAUGACUGACCACAGAAGGUGCUGGAAAUUCCAAUCACCGAUACAGUUUUAACUGUAGAGAAAAAAAAAAAAAGAAAAACUAGAGAAAAACAUCGGUUGCAAUUUGUCUACAGCUCACUGAAUUAACUAUUUUUUUCUAGUAUAAGAUAGUAAAACAAACAAAAAAAAGCUACAAGCAUUACCUUACAUAUUUAAGAAAAAUAGACAGUCCAAAUAUUUCUGAUACAUUUUCAAUAUGUAUAUAGAUAAUCCUGAAAUUUCAUGCUAUUAAGAAUUGUAUGUAAAUAUUGUACAAUGUCAUGUACAAGCAUACCUAAUGCACAUUUUAUCUUUUAUUGUACAAAAACAAAGCAGAAGUGUACCAAUGUCUUGGUUUCUAUUCAGAAAUGCGGUUGCGUACGGCCGCAUGCAUAGGAUAAAUAAGAAUACAGCCUAAAGCUUUUAUAUGAUCGACUGUAAGACGUGCUGUUUAUUUUUGUUUUGUUUUGUUUUGUAAGGGAACAGCAGUGGAACAGGCAUGAGUAUAUGAGUUCUCCAUUACGAGCGUCACUUCACACCAGUUAAGUGUUCAUUUGUAUAGGAAAAAAAAAAGAGUUAAAAAAAAAAAAAAAACAACAGAAUGAACUUUACCAGCAGAAAGUGUUCAAUGUUCCCCUGAGCAGGGUGGGAGAUGACGAGCGGCCGGACGUAUGUUGGUAAAUCUUCAUCUGCUACAGAAAGUCAUGCAUCAGGACAGGAGAGCCAUUUUGUGCGACAAAAGUGUGGCUAGCAGGUGGUUAGUUUGGGUUUACAGAUCAUUGUUAACUGGCAGACGGUUGCCAUUUCUUAAAGGAAAAUCCACCUUCAGGCACUUUUACGCUGUUAAGCGUCGUUUUCUGUUCACUGCAUUUCAGGAGUUUUGCAAAAAAAAAGGGCUGCACAGUGUACGGAAAAUAUGCAAUAGCUUUGUUCAGGGCUACAAUUAAUGAUUACUGAAAUUGUUGACUAAUCUUUCGACUAUUAUUUCAAUGAACCAAUCAGGUCUUUGGCAGACUAUUCGUUUCGUUUCUGACCAAGAAGUUUGAGUAGUGUUGAGCGGGACAUUCAGGGUGACGGCAACAUUCACAAGCCGAGUUAGCCUUCGGAGCUAAUGCAUGCUAACAACCGGUAGAGCGUGCAGGAGGCAGGACAUGAUGCGAAAAGUAUGCUGCGGAAAUAGCAGUGUUUUAGUUAGGACAAAGUUCGGAAUUUCGUCAUUAACAACUGAGUCUCCUGGCGUUCCUGUCAGAACUUGCGUGUUCUUUCUUCCCACAACAAUGAAUUUUCCUAGUCGACCAAUAGUCAUCAUUACAGUCCAUUAAUGACGCUAUGGGCUAAUGGGCAUGUAGCUACUUCCAUGUUUCAAAUGAUACAUCAUGUUUGUAGUCGACCAAUGAAGAUGAGUUUACAUAUCACCUUGGGUUCGUCCUUCACCUUCUCAAAAUGAUCCCACACUUUGGAUUUCCUGCCCGACAUGUUAUUAACUAGCCUGUGGAAUAACCGCAGGUACCAGCCCUGGAGAUUAGAGGCCGUGCACAUGCUGCGUCUUUAACUGCAUGGGAAACACGAGGUCGGGUGCUGGGCGCUACUCUUGUGCCUACUCUGUGGCAACUUUCAAGGUUGCUAAGCGACCAUAACCAGCACUGUGUCAUAGCCUCCUUACCAGAAAUCCUGAGUGCGGAGCUGAUCUUCUUCCAGGCGCUGUUUACAAGUGUGUAUUAGGCCAAAAAUAUCGUCCAUGGGACAAACAUAGGCCUGCAUAUUGUGACGGUGUUGUGGCAGGUGUUGAGCGUGCCUGCCAUGCGUCUCCAUUGAAAAAAAUGUAUUCUGCGGCGCAAAAAACGUGUCAGAGGCCGAUAUAACUGCUUCAAUUUUCCGACCCCCAUCUGCUCUAUGUGAUACACUUACUCAGGAUAAGUACCUCACACCGCUGGCAUUCUUCCAUCUUUUGCUAUCUGCGUAUAACCGUUUCCAAAUCCCCUUUGCUACGGGAAAUGACAACCUCCGAGCUAACGACCUAGGCGCUGAAACGAAGACUCGGAUCAUGCCGUAGGGCUUGCCUGCUUUGUUCUUUCAGUGAAUUGUUGUAAAGAUCUCCGCUGAAUAGAACGACUUGUGAAUCCAGACUCAGUCUCACUCUACGAGUUGAUUUGAGAUACCUUUAAACUUCGGCAGCAGCAUGCUCCAGUGACAGUGAGAUAGCUACGCAAGACCAUCAGCGCUCUACGCUACGUCACUGCUUUACACUAACAGCUGAGUGGGUGUUUCUGUUGACGAACAUAAAAACGAAAGAGUGCAGAUGAUAUUGUCCUUUCCUUGACUCUUUAAAAAAAUAAUCUGCAGAUUAAUCAAUGAUGGAAAUCAAACACUAGAUGGCGACCUGCCCCACUAGUUUCUAUCAGUAAACAUGCACCAUAGUAACCUGGUUUAAUUAAGUGGACCCUGAAUGCAUCGGUGAAGGGAACACGUCCCCCUCAUUAUUUAGGCAUGCGCAGAGGACGCCUUUUUUGUGUUUCACGAAAUUAAAGACUUAUACACCAUAAAUUUGUGCAUAAAAAAAUCCCCAGAAUGAUUACAUUUUUCUGGCAGAGGACCCUCAAACGUCCCAUUUCAUUCGUGUCCCCCCCAGAAUGAAAACGAAACCUCCGCCUUCGCCUGAACGCAACACAAAACGACUCCUAAAAGUGCCUUUAGGUGGAUUUUCCCUUCAUCUACAACCAAUAACCACCGUCUGCAUUGAUGAAUCACGUCACCUGGUUGUUGUGAUCAUGUUCUCGUGCUCGUUUGUACAGUGAUUUAUUUUGUCUCUCCAUGACUGUAGUCGUCUUUGCCACACCGAUAGCUUUAGGUAGAGUAACCAACCUCAGAGUCUAGAUCAUCAAGAGGAAACACUAACUCAAGCAGUGACAGCAUUUCUCACGUUUAGGGGCCUUGUGUUUGUUUCUUUGUUUUUUUUUAUUUUGCUUAUUGAUGUAAAUUAUUUAUGUACAGUACUCCAUAUUUAUUUUAAGCUUUACAAAUAUGCUAGAUGGCAAUAAUACUACCAAGAGUUGAGAACUCAAGCCUUAUAUGUGUAUAUGUAUGUUUUUUUAACAGUGAAUAGAUCGUGUAUUCAGUCCGUUACAGAGCUCAUGUUCCCUUUUAUUUAAGAAGUGAGCAUUACAGAUAACACUUUGUUUUUUUGUUUUUUUACAGUGAGGUUUCUGACUUGUUUUUGUUACACAGUGUCUAUCAUGGAUUUCUUAGUUAAAGGAAUAUAAUAACGUCUGCCUCCGACACCGUACUAUUUAUGAAUAUGCACAUCUGGAAAAGGCAGGCGGCGUUUAUGUUAAAUGCAGUUUUAACACUACUAGAUGCUUUUUGAGUUUGAAGCCGCGAAGCAAAAACCAUCACGUGAUCAGUCUUAAAAUCGAUGCACAGUAUUGGGAACUCUGGUUCAACACACACACACACACAUGCAGCUGCUCCUCCAGAUCAAAACCAACAAGCAACAGCAGAGUUAUCAAGUGCAAUAUACCAAUCCAUGGCAAAGAUCAACACCUUUUGUUCACAACUUGGACUGUAAUUUGUUUUCUCCUCUGACAUGCACAUGCUUUUUGUUGGUUACAAUAUUCGUCAUCUUCAGAUGUCCUCACCUAAGAGCCAUGAAGUAGUAUUUAUUUGUAGCUCUACCUUUAUACAUGCACACACAGCUGUUACGCCCAGGCUCAAAUUUAAUUUUGAUUUAAAGAGUGACUUUGGUAUUUUUCGACCUGGAAUCCAUCUUUGUAUGUUUUUGUGGCUAAGUGGCUAGUGGGAACAACAGUUUUUGAAAUUGGUCCGGUAUUGAGCAAUAGUGCUGCAAACACCAGCCACAAAACAAGCUGCAAUGUAAAGCGAAUGGGGCAAUUGUGCACCCUCACUUUAAGUACACUAAAAUUGUUUGUUUUGCCACUGACAGGCUCAGACUAUUCUUCUAAGGGUGUUUUCAGACCUAGCGUUCACCUGCUUUGGUCCCUCACGAAGUUCCCUCGACAACAUUUACAAGCUUGUCUUGCUUGGUCACAAUUUUUAUGUGGGAAAAAUCCAGAAAGUAAACCAAACAUUGAAGAAGAGAUAAAUGUGACUCUUUCUAAUGUCACAAUGGAGGGACAACUACGCAGGUUGAUUUUAGCGCUGCUCAUCGUGGACUAUAUUGCUGUCAUUGUUCAUUUUAGUCAAACCAUACAGUUUGAAAACGAGGCAAACGCGGCUCCAACUAGAAAACAAUGUUUUGAUGCAUUGGAUGUGCUGAAUGUGCAUAUUAAGGCAGUACAGGAGGAGGUGCACAUUAAUAAUCCUCCAGGACUGUAACAUGCUCAUGUUUAACCCAAACAAUGUGUCAUGUGACUGCAGUUGGUCCACAUCCAGGUCGGAACACAUUCUCACCACAAACCAACCGCACCAGAGUUCGAGACCACCUCUUCAAGAAGGAACGUACUUAGGGGGCAAACAAACUUGAGUUUGACUGAACUGAACCAAACAGGGCAGGUGUGACACCUUAAGUGUCUUGACACAUUAUGGAAAGGGUCCUUACAGAGACAGACUUUUUUUUUUUUUUUUUUUUAAAUUAACCAGAAACAGCCCUGAAGUCGGUAUCACCACGCCCACCAAACUCCAUUAAAAAAAAUAGUAAUUUUAGCGCGUAAAGAGGAAGCAUGUUUUCAAAUCUAACUAAGUGAAUUAAGGGUUAAUUUCAGCCAAACCAGAGCUGGUGAUUGUUAGAGCAGUGGAAAGAAUAACCAAGACAGUUUUGUGAGUUUUAUUUUGUUUCUGUCGGCUUUGAAUUAAAGGAGCUAUAUGUAAGAAAUCUAAAUCAAAUAGUCGUAAAAUCCUCCUAAUAUGUCACAGAGACUAAGGAAUAAUGUUCAUAUAACAUACUGAUCUCACCGACAACAAUAGUACAGCCAGAAUAUUCGCAUUUAAAAAAAUAUUUUACAGUCUGCAAAUCAUGUUUAUGUUUUGAAUUUGUGUUUUGGCCUGUUGUGCCACCCACCGCCGUCUACCAGUCACGCAGUCAGUAGAGUCUCAGCGUCAGUUACAGUUACGACUGAGCUACAGCAGCACGGCAAGCAGCAUUAGCAGUGUCCCAGUACAUAGCAUUAGCAGCCUCCUCAGCUGUAUCCCGGCAGCAGUGUUAGCCUCGAAUCUGUAGGGGAGGGGGGGCGGACACGACUCGCGGCAGUAUUUUGAAUUUGAGUGCAGUAACCAUUUUGGCCACAUUCUUACAUACAGCGCCUUUAAGUGCGUUUUACUGUUAUAAAAUGACGGGGGUUUUUUAAAAAAUGGAGUCUGGUGGGUUUGGCAAAAGUGAUUUUGUUGCUGUUUCUUGUAAAACAAAAAGGUCUAUCUCUGUAAGGAUCCUUUCCGUCAUGUUGUCUGACACUUAAAAUAUCAAUACAGAGCCUGUCAGUGGCGAAAACAAGCACUUGUAGCAGACAUAAAUCGACAGUGCACAAUUGCCCCAUUGACUUUACAUUGCAGCCUGUUUCUCUGCUAGCGGCUGCGGCCCUCUUGCUCAAUAGUGGAGAAGUUCCAAAUAUUGUUGUCUCCGUUUGUCGCUUAGACACAAAAAACCAGGGUCCAGGUUGAAAAAUAUUAAAGUUCCCCUUUAAUAUUUGAUGGACACACUAAAAUGUUUCUGACGAUAACCUGAAAACCAAACCGUACACUACUUUGUAAAUCGAUUUUCUUUCUCACUCACAACUAAAUCUUGAAAACACUACACUUAAACAUAUCCAGACCAGGUUUUACUGUAAUUUGUGGCGAGGCAUCCCACAGAUGUACUUUAGUUUUAUAAUGUACCCUUAUAUCCUAAUGUCAGACUAUGAAUUACAGCCAAGUAAACAAGUUCAGCAUUUAUUUUGUGCACACAAGUCGUACUGUAUCUUCGAAUGAGAUCGAUCACUUAUCUCAACACAUUCAUUUUUUUUUAUUUUGUCGUGUGCACACUGAAAAAGUCAAGAACAUUUUGAAAAUGCGCAGAAUUUGUAGCAACAAAGCCCGGUAACGUUAAGAAAUAUCAGUAUUUAAAGGUGAAUAUCAGAUGUUUUAAUACCAUCCAUCCUUUUCAAAAUGUCCCCUUUUUCCAGUGUGCACACCUUUAAGAACCUCAGAGUCUUUACUGUAAUCUGUGGCAAGGAAAUCCUCCGGCCGUUUUCAAAAUGUGAUGUUCGGUGUUGAGAACACAUGAGCUCUUUCGGUAAAGUUCAUUCUGCCUCUUCUUCCCCCCCACCCACCCUGUUUUUUGUGCAAUGACAUGCAGGAACCCGGAUUCACGUUGGGAACCCAUGUGUUAUGGAUCUGUUAUAUCAGUUUCAUGUUAUUUGUGGUCAAGAGUUCAAAGCAUUUUUGUGUUUGAGAUGGUCUGUGCAGUCUAUUUUUUAUUUCCCUCCUCGCCUGUGAUUGUGUGCGUGUGCGUUGAGGUGUGAGUGUGAUUUUUAUUUCUCCUGCUCUUUGACUCUUAUUUCCCUCCUCCUCCUCCUCCUCCUCCUCCUCUACCCUUUCAUCGUCAGUAUUUUAUUUUUCAACUUGUAAUUAAGUAUAUAUUUUCUCACUAAUAUAUACUUUACAAAAAAUAGACUUGCGUGAAGUAUGACGUGCACUUGAUUGCUCUUGUUCAUUUUUCUUUUUUGCAUUAAUGUGGGCUAGGGAUAGUUCGUCAGAGUCCAUUAUUUUGAGAUUGUUUGGACUUUUUUUUUAAUGGUUUGAUGUAAGCAGCAUUUUUUUGUAAAUAUUGUGAAACAUUACAGGUCAUGCAGUGAUGUAACAUUUUGAACAAUGUUGCACAGAUGUUUAAGAUAUUAAAAACAUGGUCACUCUUACUUGAAUAA